ACAUAUAUAAGACCCUAGUCACACUCGGAGAUGAGGAGGGGAAGGUGCCAACAGCAAAAUGGAUGUGGACAGCAAAGAGGUCUUGAUGGAGAGCCCACCGGACUACUCAGCAGCCCCUCGGGGCCGGUUUGGCAUCCCCUGCUGCCCUGUGCCCCUCAAACGCCUUCUCAUCGUGGUCGUGGUGGUGGUCCUUGUCGUCGUGGUGAUUGUAGGGGCCCUGCUCAUGGGUCUUCACAUGAGCCAGAAACAUACUGAGAUGGUCCUGGAGAUGAGCAUUGGGGGGCCGGAAGCCCCGCAGCGCCUGGCCCUGAGAGGGCGUGCGGACACCACUGCCACCUUCUCCAUUGGCUCCACUGGCAUCGUCGUGUAUGACUACCAGCGGCUCCUGAUUGCCUACAAACCAGCCCCGGGAACCUACUGCUACAUCAUGAAGAUGGCUCCGGAGAGCAUCCCCACUCUUGAGGCUCUCACUAGAAAAUUCCAGAACUUCCAGCUCCGCCCCACUGCCAAGCUCCUGGCUUCUGCUGAGCCCACACAGCACCUCGGAGCUUCUGACUCCAGCACAGUCCCCUCUUUACUGGCCAAGUCUGCAGUGGCUACCUCUAAUCUGGGCCAGGAGGAGGGCAGUGAUGGUGGCUCGGCAUCCUCCGGGGACCUGGACUUCCUGGGCACCACCGUGAGCACCCUGUGUGGCGAGGUGCCCCUUUACUAUAUCUAAGACCCCUCAGGGCCUGAGGAAGCCCCAAGCGGACAGGAAAGAUCCGAGAGCCAAGGGUCUUUUGCAGACAGGCAGGAAGCUGCUCCUGCCCGCACCACGGGGACUGCCCUGGAGAAGUGGGAGCUGUGCGGAGAGGAUGGGCCAGGGCAGAGGAAGGGCGGCUCCUCGGACAGGGGGCUCCUACCGCAGAAGAAUAAAGAGCCUGACUGAAAAGCAAA